GCGUUGGGCUGAAUCAACCCAGCCGUUGCGCCGUUGCCAUACUUUGAUCCCCAAGAUGACGGCAAACGUACCCCGACCCGGCCCUGCCAACCUGGGGCCAAAUGCCGGCCUGGACGAGUGGCUGGAGGAGGCCAAGCAGUGCCACUAUCUGCCUGAGCGAGCCAUGAAGGAGCUGUGCGAAAAGGUCAAGGAGAUCUUGAUGGAGGAGUCCAACAUCCAGCCCGUCUGCACCCCCGUCACUGUUUGCGGCGACAUCCACGGCCAGUUUUACGACCUGCUCGAGCUCUUCCGCGUUGCUGGCGGCAUGCCGGGCGAGACUGACGUGCAGGCGCCGAAGUCCAUGACCGCGGUCAUCACAUCAGAGGACAUCGAGCCCCCGACGGAAAUCACAAACCCAAAGCUGAGGAGGAAGCUAAAGUCUCCGGGAGGCGGGGCCAGCCCCGGUGACGCUGAUGAGGACGAGGAUGUGGAGGAUGAGAAGCAGGGAGAUCACGAUGUGCCCGCGAUCAAUACAGUUACGUCUUCGCAGAGCGCGGAGACUCGCUUCGUGUUUCUCGGAGACUACGUGGACAGAGGAUACUUUAGCUUGGAGGCGUUUACAUUGCUCAUGUGCUUGAAAGCAAAAUACCCAGACCGCAUUGUUCUCGUCAGAGGCAACCACGAAUCGCGCCAAAUCACACAAGUGUACGGCUUCUACGAGGAAUGCCAGCAGAAGUACGGCAACGCAUCCGUAUGGAAGGCGUGCUGCCACGUUUUUGACUUCCUCGUUCUCGCCGCUAUAGUUGAUGGAGAGCUUCUCUGCGUGCAUGGCGGCUUGAGCCCCGAGAUAAGAACCAUAGAUCAGAUUCGAGUCGUCGCACGUGCUCAGGAGAUUCCCCAUGAAGGUGCUUUUUGCGACCUUGUAUGGUCAGAUCCCGACGACAUAGAUACGUGGGCGGUGAGCCCAAGAGGAGCGGGAUGGCUGUUUGGAGAUAAAGUUGCUACGGAGUUUAACCAUGUCAACGGCUUGAAAUUGAUUGCCAGAGCGCAUCAACUUGUAAAUGAAGGAUACAAGUAUCAUUUCGACGAGAACUCUGUCGUAACAGUAUGGUCAGCUCCCAACUACUGUUACCGAUGCGGCAAUGUCGCGUCAAUAAUGACGGUGGACAAUGAUUUGGCCCCCAAGUUUAGCAUUUUCUCUGCUGUACCAGAUGACCAGAGACACGUGCCCGCAAGCAGAAGGUCGCCGGGCGACUACUUUUUGUGAUUGGCUACCUCGACUGUAAAGGCAGGCAAGACGUGAAGAGCGUACACAGUAUAACUUAGACUAGGUUGAGUUGGGAUGGGUUUUUUGCAUGUAAACUAGCACACGGGUUGAGAUAUCCAUGAAUUUGAAGAAUUGCCAAUGCAUUAGGAAUAUAGGUAGGAUGGGCUGGGGAUCUGGCUAGCGGAAACGAACAGCAGUGACGAUUUCAUUUGAUUAGAAAAAAAAAGCGGAAAAAAAUUCGAUAAAGAAGUUUUAUAGCCCUGCCUUGCCAAUAUUUUGGGAA